AUGGCCGUGCGUCGCUCCCAUCAGGUGAUUAAGACAAGAAAAAAAGUUGGUAGAUGAAUAGGGUCGACAUCGAUGAGGUUUUCCACCUCGUUCUCUCAAAUUAUAAAGUUCUCGCGUUGUACCUGUACCAAGCAAAUUAUAUUUAGUAGAUUGGAUGAAAACGAGUCAUUAGCUCACUAGCAGUUUCUCUAAAUUAUUGAAGCACUCGAUGACUAGCAGUUAUUUCUCUAAAAAAUUGUUGAAGCACUCGAUGACUAGCAGUUAUUUCUCUAAAAAAUUGUUGAAGCACUCGAUGAUAGUGCUCCUGAACCCCCGGAAUCGGCGGAAAUCAUAGCACGGACCGAGGAGCUAGUCCGACUCGCAGAGACUGCUCGCCAGGCUGUAGACAAUGAGAGACGAAAGAAAGAUAUGGAGGAGGGAAAAAUUGCACUGACAGCACAGUUCGACAAAUUGGCUAAGAUUCAAGUGAGAAAGGCAAAGGAGCCACUUUUUUGAGGGGUGUGUGUGAGUGCACUUUUUCCUUUCAUAAACGAACAAGGUGGCCUGGUGCGGAACCGUAGGAACAUGUUUAAGGGAGCAAAGGGAAAGGCUGAGGCAGGUGCUUCUGAAUCCGAGGACGGAGAAGAGGAUGGAACAUCGACUAGCAACGUUUACAGAGGUGAUACGAGUUGUACCGGCAACGUCACUGUUAAGGCUUCUGCUAAUCCAUCCCUUCUAUAGGGAUCCCUCAAACAUAUGCGCCCCAAUACAAGGGACGAGAUACUGACGCAUCUGCUUGAAGGAUUUCCACAGGGAUCAUGAGUAGGGGGGAGCUCUAACACGACUGGCGAAGAAACGGAGUCAACGGCGGGUGAAAUUGAUCUGCCUCACGCUGGUGAACCGCAAGACCCCCGGGUCGAAGAACAAGAACAAAGUAGAGAUGAUAGCAAGGAUGAACAGGAUGGGCUCCUUGAGGAAUUUCUAAAGGGUGCAGAACGACUUGCAGCGUCAAUGUCAAACGAGCUGGAUAAAUUUGAAGAUUCGUCAAAUAACGACGAAGAUGGGCAAGAAGACGCUUCGGCUGGUGCGUCGGAUGACGAAGAUGAGCAGAGAAGCAAAAGUAGCAGCGACACCACGACAUCCACAAGUACAACAGGUUUCAAAAAUUCCAAAAAGUCUAGUUCGUCAAUAAGUGCUACAGCUACUCAAAAAAUCAAGGACGAGCUGAGGAAAAAACUGCCAGAUCUGCAUGCGAACAAGGACUUCGUCGUGCCUGUAGGUCUCACAGAGCCAGAACCGAAGGUUUUCCCGAUCCCGAGUGACUUCGCACUUUUGGGUGAUGUACAGGAUCCGAGUGAUCCUGUAGUGGAGGCUUUCCGACCUUUUGACUCGUGGAAGCUUGAAAAGCAGAAACGAGACGAAGAAGAACAGAAAGAUUACGGCUUACCGAUGAAAUUCAUCUUGUUGAGAAUCUCAUCUUCAUCUUUCUUGGCCCCUUCUUUCAUAUUAUUAAUUUUGUUGAAGGGGAGGAAAUAUUAAUUAAACUCGUAUAAUUAGACAGAUGAUGAGUGUCAAGAUGAAUUUACAACUAGGUAUAUUAAUUAGAGCUUCUAAGAAGAGCGUUUAUUUCGAGAAGCAAGAGCAAAACUUGAAGAAAUUCGGGUAGAGCGUGGCGACCUCGAUUUUUCGAAUUUCCUUGGUGCUGAGGAGCCCUCUAUGAGCGGAGGAGGUGACGUCGAUUUUUCUACACUGAUGAAUACGAGCAAAGCAGCGACAGAGCUCAUGUUGAACAUGAAAGCGAGCAGCACAUCAAUGGCGGCCGCGGAGAAGAACAGCAGCACAAGGAGCGGCGGAGCGGCGGGUGCGAGGAGUUGUAGGGCAGCUUUGUCAACAACAAGGACGUCGACGUCCACUUCUAGAAGGAACUCUGGCUCAGCAGGCACUGUGUAUGGGAACACGUUGUCGGCGACGGCUAGCGCAGUGAGGACAGCAGUAGACGGAAGGGAUCACUGCCUUAGAGGUGGUGGUAGUAGUAGGAGAGUGCAGGAGCAUAAAGGUAGUAGUACUAGUAGUCGGGAUCAUGGUACUAGUAUCUUCCGGGAGGUGGACCAACACCACGGUGUGGGCCACGGCGCGGGGCAGUCUUCGACACUAGGUGGCGCAGGAGCGCAGAUCAUGGAGAGCUCAGCAGGGUUCACGAUAAUGCGUGUACCUGGUACAGACCCUCGCAACCGCAACCUCGAGACCGACUCAUCAAUGGCAAUACAUCAUGAUCAGAAUAAUGGAGAGGAUGGGGCUGUCUUGUUCAUGCAGGACAAUUAUUAAGGCUACCAAGCGAGCAUCCUCGUCAACAUCAUCCCUGCCUCAUUUAAAAUGGAGGAAAAUGGAUCCAGGGAUGGUCUCAGGGAUGCACGUUGGUAGCUCUAAGAUUAUGCUGGUCGUAAGAGAACACCUGGAGUGGAUGGGCACAAACGAAGAGAUGACCACGAGCGGUUCUUCGACAGCAGCUCUCGGCAAGACGAAGCAGCUCUCAGCGAGGGGAUCCCCCAUAUUGAUCAAUUGUGUGAUGGAUACCGACAUAUGAAAACAGCGAGCUGCUCUCGUACUACGUUGACAUCGAAUAUUAAGGACAAGAACGACGUAUUAUCAAGGACUUCAUCGAAGGAACACCAGAAUAGAAGUAGUAGUACGAGUAGAGGACAGGCGCGAUCUGGAGGUAGUGCAGCAAGCGGAUCUUCUCUCGGUGGAAAUAGUAUGGGAGCUGCUGCUGCAAGCUCAUCUUCAAAGGGAAGAAACCAGUCAAGAGCUGGUGGUUCCAGUACAACAAGUGACACCUUGGCAACUACAGCCUUGUCCUCAAGAAAUCGCAAGGCCUCGAAAGCUGCAUCGGAGAUCGAGGCCGCUCCCGUGAACAGCAGCGUGCAGCGGUUCUACGAAGCUGUGCGGUUUGGGAACGUAAACGUGGUUCGCAUCAUGUUGAACGAGAUAUCGGGACACUUGAAAGUGGACGAAUACUCACGAAUGUUAAGGCUAGAAACCACGGGAUAUCUUUCCGUUGCAUCCUAAUUAAUUCCUGAGACAGUUGUACCUCCUGCUAGAUAAAUGAAUGAAUGAAUGAAUGAAUGAAUGAAUGAAUGAAUGAGCGCCAUCCUCGGCCUCCUUUUCACGUCGGGGAAAAGCGGCGCAAGGAUGCACUGAGGAACUACGCUCCUAACGCAAAGAGAGCUACUCUAAGAAUGGCGGCUGCGAGUGAGGCGAUCUUUGCUGGUGUGGAAGCACAGAAGGGUUACGCGAUGACGGAAUUCCUUCUACGCAACGGCUUCAAUCCCAACGUUCGCGCCGGGGCCAACGCGGGAGGGGCAGCAGUUAUGAAGAGACUUAAGUACUUUUUUUUGCUGUGAAUAGGAGGCUCACUCUAGUACUAUUUUUAAAUCUUUUUCCUUUGGAAUUCUUUGACGUGAUCAGCACUAAAACUAAUGGUUGUUCCUCUAUUAUACUAUUUUUAAAAUGAAUCAAAAAUCUCGUCUUUCUGCUCUAUCUCUAAUGAUAUAAAAGUCCAGACGAAUCCGAAAAAUACAAGGGGAACAAAAGAGACAAACAGCCUACUUGGGAUGGUCACACCAGGAGAGACACCGAUCAUCACAUGUGUCAAAAAAAAAAUACGUCAUGGUAUUAAGGCUCAGCUUUCAAUGGUCACCAUUGAGAUUGGAGUCACUGAGAUCGAAGAAGCGACCCCCCCUUGAGAGGAGAACAGGGGAAAAGGAAGGGAAAGCUUUGGAGGGGGUCUCUUCCGUUCAGCAUCAUGAUGACCAUUGAAUGCUGAGCUUUAAUGGUACCAACAGUGCAUGGACAAGUGACCGGGAUUCACUUGGAAUUCUGAAACUCCUAGUCGCACACGCAGCCGAUGUCAACGCGCGAUGCAGUCUCACAGGCAGAACUGCUCUCUGGUAUGCGGGAAAGUUCAACAAUAGGGUACUAUUGAAAGUUCACAACCGGUUCGUUUUCCUUUUCCCUCUAUAACUAUCUCGUAGAUUUAAUUAUCCCUUCAAAAUCUCGAUCAUGUCUUUUUUAGUUUGUAGAGAUUCUUGUAGUGAAGAUAAGGUUCUUAAGGUCCUCUAGAGGAUAGCAAUGGCAUCCACUUUUAUAACAAACAUCAAAGAUGACGAUGAGGAGCAAAUUUCCUAUUCCCAUCUUCAGCCUGCAGUAGAAGCGCUACUAGAGUUGGGCGCGGACCCCAGAAUACCCGAUCGGCGACAGCAUAUGCCUGGCGAUGUGACGACGAACAGUGAAGUAGAUGUGCUUCUACAGCGUGCGCUUGCGAAGUGGCAGCAAAGCCAAGUUUUUCGCGUGGCUGCUAAGAAAGCUGCUCAAGAUGUUGCGGGUGGUGCGUCUAUGUUGUCGUCGACGGCAGGGAAUACCCGUGGAGAAGGUGGUGGCUAUGUCUCACAUCAUGUCUUUAUCUAAUUAAGUACAACUUGUGUAGCUGUCUAGAAACAAUUUCAAUUAGAUAUUCAUCUAAUUCUUCUUACCUUUUUUUCGUCACCAUCGAUCUAUCAUUAGCAGCUUAGUGACUCGCACCAUAAAUGAGCGCAAGAUUCCACCACGUCGUCCCAGUCCCCAUUUUCAUUGUUGCCGAGAACGUAGUGCUAGAGGUGCUGCAAAUACGACAGGAGCACACACUUCCGACUCCCUGGAUGAGGAUUCAUCAGCUGUCUCACGCAGCACAUCAGAUACGCGAAAAGAUACACAUAAUCUUCCUGGUUUGGCACCUGUUUUCGACCUCGAGUGCGAGAUCUUACUCCGAGAGCGACGUGUAGAGGACCUUCGAAAUCGGAAGGGCAUCAAAAUUGUCGACUUCCCUGAACAUGCACCGAUUUGCAUUGUGAAAGUGAUGCGAGACGAUAUUGCGGGACUUGAUUAUGAUUUAGUUUUCGGUACUUCUUCCGUCACCGUCACGAUGAAGAUAGGUAACUAAUAUCUCGACUUCUUCUAUAGUGCUAAUUUCGUAAGAAUCUCCCCGGUCCUCUCUUCUACUUCACGUCGGGAAGAUCUCGACACUUCUUUUCCCUCCAUCUCUCUAAUCUUCAGCACUCUGCACGUGUGCUAUGGAGAGAUCACCUCCUCCUUAUCUUUUUCCUUAUCUUUUUUGACUGUAUCGUUAUUUUUCCUAUCCUCUUCAAUUUCAAGAAUAGUUGGUCCUAAAAAGAUGCAUCGGUUUUUGAAAAAGAUGGAUCGGUUUUGAAAAAGAUUAUAGAGAAUUCUUGUUCUUUGUUCUUGUUCUCUUCAUUGUUCUUUGUUCUUGUUCUCCUCUUUGUUCUUUGUUCUUUGUUCUUGUUCUCUUCUUUGUUCUUUGUUCUACCAAAAAAAAUAGGCUUACUCCAUCUCUUGUUCUAAUCUUCAGCACUCUGCACGUGUGAGGUAUCGAAAGAGAAAUUUGUGGUGCGUGGUCCGUCAGGUGAGCUGCUAGUGGAUAGACGUGGAGGACGGGUGGCGGCUUUGCGGGAACAGGACCUAGAAUUCUAGCGCAUUUAGAAGAUGCGGGUUGGCGGACCUCCUACCUUUCCUCCUGGGCAUCAUUUGGUUUCGGAUGAAGAACCGCCAGUCGUGAUGAAGAACCGCCAGUGGCCAGUACAACAAUGUUUUGGUGCAAAGAAAAUGAGGGGUGAUGUGGGAAAUAUAUUUUGGACAUCAUCUAACAGUUAGUACGUUGCUGGAAAUUAUCGGGGGAUGUGUAACACGAAAAACACUAAGAAUGAAAGCCAACAUACUGUAGAUGAGAAGAAGCAAAUUUAACACGCUCGUUGUUGUUGUUUCCAUUUUUUUCAACAGUAGGUGCUAAAGCGAAUAAAGCCAUGACUGCGAGGACUUUCUUCAUUGUUAAAUCCUGAACAAGCAAGAAGUGCAAGAGAAAAUCCAUUCUGCACCUGCAUAUGCAGAGAACAAGCACCUCCAAUUAAAUAUUAUUGCAACGCAUUUCCACCAUUGACAAAGCAUGGUUGAAAAGGUAUUUUUGCAUUCCAAACGAAAACUACAAAUGAAUCGUUCAGCAUGUUGGGCUGGAUACUAAUAUUUGGCCGCGUUAGAAAGAGAAA